AUGCCAGCCUCAAUUUCGGAGGAGGAGAUUGCUGCUGCUGCAAAAUGCAAUGCAUUUCUGUUUCCGGCCAGGGAGGGUAAUGGCAGCGAAAAACACAGUCUGGCCGGCAAGUCCAAGAACGAGCUUCAAGAGCUCCUUCGCGUAUACAACCUCCCGUUCACCGGAAACAAGCCUAUUCUCGAGAAGCGCCUCCAAGAAUUCAGCAUCCAAUACUUCGCAAAGGAAAGAGAGGCUUCCGCUCUGCGUGCACACAAGGGACCACGUGAAGAUACCAAGAAGACCAAAACCAAGCUGUCCGACACUCGUCGUGCCAACAUCAUCGAUACCGAACGUGUUACAGAGCGUUCUAAGGACAAUCGCACAGAGAAUGACAAGAAGGACAUGCGGGAAUGGGCCAAACGAACGUGUGCAAGGCUACCAUACCGAGCUCCACCAUUUCAGCAGCAGAAUCCACCUCCGGCACAACCAUUCAUUCCACAGGAGGGUCCUGCAACCGUUCCUGUUGUUCCCGUUGUUAUAACUGAGGUAGCUGACGUUUCGGCACGACUCGAGGUGCUCGAAACUCCACCAGCGCCAGCACCUAUGGAUAUUGACUCAACUGGCUUCACCUACGAUAUCGAAAUGAACAUGCUUUCAACCACGGUACAUCCUCCAAUAAUGCUCGUUGCUGAAAGCUCGAAUAUGAAAUACCCUGCGGACCGCUCGCUGGUUCUUGGGGACGGGACCAUAUUUCCCGUUACUGGCCAUGAGAUCAUGAGCGUUAGCGUUCCUGCCAACUCAUUCGCCAAAGAUUUCGGGUUACUGAAUGAGAUGUGGGAUGAUAGCUCACCUUUUUGGAAGGAUAAAUCGUUGGUACAAAUUCGUGGUCGGCACAUUGCGAUUAUCCAUUGGCGGGGGCUAUUCAAAGGUACUGGUCAAUGGUCUGCUCAUAAAUCAGCGUGGACAGAGUGGAAGUUUCUAGUCGAACGAUAUCGGCGUGGUACUAUGGAAGACUUCUGGGCCGACUUCACCCGAAAUGGCACACGAAUGAACUACACGGCCAUCUUGAAGAAGCUGCGGGAGGAGCGUGGAGUAAGGAAUCGUCAGUUGGUGGAACAAGCACGGGCAGAGUAUGGUAGCAGGUUUUCCGAGGUAUUCUCCUACGUAUCAUCACAGAAAGGUGACCGUGUUGUGAUGACUCGCGAGUCUCAUAUUGCAGAAGAGUACAAACGUCUGAAAAAGCGGGAUGGAAUCGAAAUUGACUAG